GGUUUGUCCGCGGGCUUCGUCUGCCUGGUCUCGGUUUCUUCAGACUUCGGUUUGGUUUGGCAUGGUAUGGUAUGGUAUGGUUUCUCAUGACUGUGGACCAAAUCCCAGGCCAUGCCUUCUUCAAACCCUAGCCAAACCUCUCGCCAUCGCCAUCGCUAUCGUCACUUCCCCAUCCUUCCAAACCAUCUAUCCGCAUCGCCCUCGUUACUGCAGCACCCUCCUUCCUGCGCACUCACGGCCGUCGUCCUUGUCAUUUUCUUCGAUCAAAUUUUACAGCGUUCACCGAUACCCCCACUCCCACCGAGUGCAUCCAUUUGCUCCUGCCAGAUCACACCUCCUUAGCAUCUACUUGCCCUGGGGGUGGUCAUCCAAUUAUGAUAGGGAAUAAUUGCAUCCUUGCGGUGUUUUAAAUUCUGCUGCUCCUGUGCUGCAUGGUAGGAAGCUUAAAAGAUGAUGUUAAGUUGGAGGGAUGGCAUGGCAACAUUAAUGACAGCCACACAUGAAUUGGUUGAUCAAAUUUUGGAGUAGGGAAUGCUAGACUGUUCCUACAUGCAUGAUAACAGAAGGCAUUCCUUUAUUCUUCGUUGUUUAAUAACAACACAGGAGUUCGGCCAAUCGCGCAUACUCUCAGAUGAUGCAUGGUCCGGGCUAGGGCUGGGAGCAUGUUACAAAGCUUGAUGAUCGAGCUGAAGGAGAUGAGCUAGCGAUGUCUGUGGCACCGCUGUGGUGCCGUGGUGGAAGGAUGGCAUCCAUUCAGAGGUUGGAUUCUUCGAAUUUGAGCAGUGCCGAUGCUGUCCUGGAAGAUAUUGGCGGAGUUCCGCAUCGGAACUUUGGUGCAAUUUUGGACAAGUUUCACAGUUUUCGAGAUGGUCAUGAGAGUCGGGCGACGGGCGCAGGCGGGUCGCCUAGUUCCCACGGCGAGGCUUCGGUUCUGACGAGUGUGUUGUUUCUGGAGAGCGUAAGCUUGCCAAAUGCGAAAUCGAAUGCGCAAGUGGAGCUACGACGGGCGAUGAACGCGGUGAGCGGUCAUCAGAGUAAUGACACCAGUUUGGGAAGCUUGCAGUCGAAGCCGCUGGAGGGUUGCAGCGGGGAAGAGGUCAAGCGGAUGAGGACGGGGCUGUUGGAGGGCGUAUCAAGAGCGAAAGAGCGCGUGCGGCACCUGUCAGAGGCUGUGAUCAAGCUGGACAGAUUUCUGUAUGCAAUGCAGUCUCGGAAACGGAACAGACUGGAGUCGGUUUCACACGAUCGAAAUAGUCUUGGGCGUGGUCAGAGAGGUGCAUCGUCGGGGCACUUGACGAAAUCGAGUAUCCGCUGGUCUUCGAGCAGCGGUGAGGGUUCUGGGCUGCAGAAGGGAGGAGGGUAUAAGAGUAAGAGCGGAAUGAUUAACAAGCGAAUGCGGACUUCGUUGGCAGAUGCACGGCCUGAGGGACGACCGAGUAAUCUGAGCGUGCAGCGGUCUUCAGGGGUGCAAGAAAGAGAACGAGAGUGCCCAAGGCUGAGUAGCUUUACCACCACUCACUCGGAUGAAAAUGAAAGAGUUUCUGUAGGAGGGGGAGGGCGAUAUGAGAAAACAAAGAUGAAAGGUCGAAGGUCAGCUACCAUAAAGGCGGAGGCAGUCAUGGUGGGCAGCGCCAGCGGUGGCACGGAUGAAGAGCGGGAGCACAAGGGUAGUGCUCUACAUCAUCGUGGUGCUGUUGAUGGUCGAUCGCGUCCUAGCGAAGGCCAUGGUUACAGGUCGGUACCGUCGGGGCCUGUGCAUGGCACAUUGUCUGUGCAGAGAGCAGAAGCUGUUUUGCAUAUGGGGAACAGUGGAAGCAUACGGGGAGGUAACAAAGUGGAGGUGGAUGGUUCAUCUCAAGGCGUAGGGAAAGUGGAUCGCUCUAUUUUGUCUGAGCGGGAUCGUGUGAAUGUGAAGAUGGGAGUCAAAUUGGUUUCUCGAGAUGAAGUGCGCGUAGCAGGUCCUGGCGUAAUGCCGAAGGCGAAAAGGUCAAAUCUGGUUGCAGGCAGCAAUCAGGCUGGGCAUUUAGGUCGCUCGUCAUCAGUCAUAGAUAUUCGGGAGAAGGCAUCAGUGAUGACCAGUCCGACAAAGGUGCCGGUGCCGUCUGGCGCCUUGAACAGGAAGGGAUCAGCCCCGUCGCGGUCGUCAUCGCCGCCGGUAGCUUCUUGGGGGAGCUCUCGACCUCAGAAGGUGGCACGAGCAAGACGCGUGAACCUGAACCCGCCUUUAAGCAUCUCCGUUCUUGAAAAAGAGGAGGCGGACGGAGGCGUCAAUGCAGGCCAUGGGUUGAGGGAUGCAAGUGUUGCAGGUGCGGCUUUAAGCGCAAGGGCGAUGCCUUUGGGCGCAGUUGGGGGGUCGACCUUUGCAAAACGAUCAUCGGUUGGGCAGUCGAGUGGUUCCAUUAAGGCACAGUCGGAGCGAGUGUCGGUUGCUGUGGUUUCGGUGGAGUGUGUUGAUGAGGUGGCGAAGAGCAAGGAAAGGAGCCGGAAAAGAGAAGCGGAGGAAGGAGAGCGUAAAGCGAAUGGAGGGAAGGAGAAAACUGGUAGUGUUCUGGCGACGAUCAAGAAGGAGAUGACAUUUGCAGAGGAGGGUGGAGGUGCGGACGGAGUGAGACGACACGGACGGACUGGAAGGGUACCCGUGACACCGCGGUUGGUGGCGGUGAGCUCUUCGUUUGAGAAGGUGGAGGUGUCACCCGUCAAUACGAAGUCGACAAGGAGUGGAAGGGCUGCAGUGGAGACGAAACUGGGCGGAGUUGGGCGUCCAGGCAGUAAGAAGGGCAGUGCUGAUCGAAAAACUUCUGCCAGGCCGAGGCGGUUACUUGGCAACGUCGGAUCUGAGAUGACAGAGGACGAUGAUGACCAUGAGCAGCUCUCCAGAGCAGUUCAGCAAGCUGUGGAGUUCAGUGGUGAGACAUCGUUUCGUUUGAAGGGACGCAGGCUUCGGAUUUGCAGCUAUAGUUUUGUAACAUCAUCAGCGUGCUCCAAUACUUUCUGGAGACAAGCAGAACCGUAUUUCUCUUGUGUGACUUCUGAUGACCUGUCAUUUCUUCAUAGACGAAUGGCUGUGUUGGGUGAAAGCAACGCUAUGUCACAAUCUCAGAGUUUAGAAGGAGCAGUAAAAUCUGCAGUUAUUAGUGACAGACCUUUAGGGGGUGACGAUGUGAAAGAUUUGAUCCAGACUAAAGAGCAAAGCUGGAAGUAUAGGAAUUUCAGGAGAGGCAGUAGCAGGCAAUGGUACAACAAAGUCUUUCCAUUGUCACAACUGCUACUGUCUGCUUUCAUUAGCGAAAGGCAGGACGAUGGCAGUGAAAUUGUAUAUGAAGAGGUUUGCGUGGACCAAAAUUCCAAUUCUCGUCUGCCUCCCAGUACGCACACCGAAAUGGAUAUGGAUGUUGACAGCGCGAAACCCGUGUCAGAGUGGUCGAGCACAGGGGCAAGACAGGAAGGGUACAGCGAAGGGUUACCCAUGUCUGGUGGCCAAGGGUGUCAGGCGUGGGAUGAGGAUCAAGAUGGAGAAGAUAUUGUUCUUGUGAAUGAUGGAGACGAAUCAGCUGGCUCAGAUUGGGGUAAUGACGCGGAAGUGGUUGGUAGGGAUGUUGAUGCAGGGUGUGGGAGGGUGAUUGAGAACUGGUCCGUGGAAUGGGAAGAGCAAUAUGGAAGGAUGAACCUGGACGAUAGGUUAGCGGUGGAGCUAACCAGCAUUGGGCUGCUACCCGUGCACGUGGAUGACCAUGAGGACGAUGAUAUUGGUGAAGAGUUGAGAAGACUGGAAAUUCAGCUUUCGGAGCAAGUUUCAAGCAACAUGGAGCAUUUGUGCAGACUUGAGAGUGCUGUUGUAAAAAAUAGAGCGGUUGAGGAAAGAGCACGCGAGAAACUCGCGAUGGACAGACUUGUGGAAUCGGCGUGUAAAAAGAAAUCGGGGGGUCGUUCCAGUAAGGGAGCUGCUGCCAAAGUAGCAAGAGCGGCUGCACUUGCGUUUGCUAAGCGAGUUUUGAUAAGGGUCCAGAACUUCGAGGCUGGUCACAGCUGUAUAAUAGACCCUGAGUUACGCGAGCGACUUUUCUGUGUUUCACCCAGCCCAGUGGAUGUCAGUGUCGAUGUUACCAUGGAUCCGAUUAAGGCUGGUGGUGCUGGGGCAGUUAGUAGCGAGGGGAUGACGUCACUGGGAGCUGUAGAAUCAGGGAGAGGCUCCUAUGAUGGGCAAUCAGCUGCUGUGGAUUGCGGUCAUCUGAAAGACGGGGACUGGACGUCUCGAGCUAGAGAACGAGAGGCCUUUCUGGAAGAUGUUUCUGAUGUUUCUGGGUAUACAAGCACUCGUGAUGUGAAUAGCUUUUGCUCGAAUGGGUUUGGGGGUAUCAAGGGUAAACGUAGCGAACGAGAGAGGGAUGGAAAGGGGAAGGAUGUAGGGUCAAGGCCAGGUCAAAGCAAUUCCAAGGGAGAGCGGAAGAUGAAGACGAAACUGAGGCAAAAGACAGGACCUCUGUUGAGGUCCGUCCAAGGGUUGGUGCCGAGGGCCGCGGAGCAGCACUUCGGCAAAGCCAGAUUGCUCGAUGAGGGGCAUUCUGCGGCAGCAGACAGCCAUGUGGCGAAGGAUGAAGUGAUGUCGAGUUUACCAGCAUUCCAGGAAGCGGCGAUGGAAGCUGAGGGUCAAAUCGACUUAUCAGCAAUACCUCUGCCUGGAAUGGAGGAGAUGAACAUGGCUCAAGCGGACAUGGGGACUUGGCUGGACUUUGACUUGGAAGACCCUUUGCAACAGACAGACGACUUCCUGAUGGGACUGGACGUCCCGAUGGAUGACUUGUCGGGGCUCCACAUGAUGAUGUGAGAUGCACGGUGGAGUUUGGCCUCACAAAGGUUGGCCUCACGAAGGUCUUGGAUCGGGUGCAAAUCCUCAAACUAUGGGGAAUGGGUGUUCUGCUUUUCACGGCUAGGUGUGAGGUCGAAUAAGGGUUGUGGUGGAAUGCCCACCAUACUUGUACAUUUACAAGGUUGAGAUUGUAGGAAAUUUUUCACCAGAUGUAGGGUCACAAUUGAAGGCAAGCCAUGCAGUGGGAUGUGCCCGAAAGUAACUUGUGACAUUGGCUACAGAUAGGAUACUAUCAUCUUGUACUAUAAUUUCUUGAUUUUUUUUUCUUUUUUCUUUCAGCGACAUCUAUGAAGAUUGGAGGUUUCUACAGUGAAACUGAAGACAUUUUUGACACCAUGUUUGACUGAAAUGAAAUAGAACUGGGGCUCCCAUGUAGAUUUUUGGAAGAAAUUUUGGCCAUCGGGGUCCAAGGCGAGGCUCUUAAUGAGACCAAUACACCAAGCAGUUUUGCUGUAUUCUUAACUCGGGUUGGUGCAAGUUGUACGAAAAUCUCCAUUAGUUGUCGCCACUCAAAUUCUUUGCCGGUCAAGGCUAAUUAUGUUGACUAGUUUGCCAGGUUGUGGGGUAAAUAAGUGGCUUGAAAGGUUGGACCCCGAACCAUGAGCAUUGGUGACAUAUAUUAUGAAGUGUAUGUUGGGUGGCUGUUGCCGCCGCGUUUUGGCCGCA